GGUAAAGUUUCAGCCAUCCCUCUGGCCUUGGGAUUCAGUGAGGAACAACCUAAGAAGCGCCUUGACUGAGAUGUGUGUGUUGUAUGAUGUGCUUAGUAUUGUCAAGGAUAAAAAGUUCAUGACUCUGGACCCAGUUGUGCAGGAUCCCCUUCCUCCAAAACAGAAUCCUCAGUUUCUACAGCUGAUUUCAAAAAAGAAGUCAUUAGCUGGAGCAGCUCAAAUCCUGUUGAAAGGUGCAGAAAGAUUAUCCAAAUCGGUUGCAGAAAACCAGGAAAAUAAGCGACAAAGAGACUUCAACUCUGAACUGCUAAGACUGAGACAGCAUUGGAAGCUGAGAAAAGUGGGAGACAAAAUUCUUGGUGAUCUGAGCUACAGAAGUGCAGGCUCCCUUUUUCUUCAUCACGGUACAUUUGAGGUGAUAAAGAACACUGACAUUGACUUGGAUAAAAAGAUACCUGAGGAUUACUGUCCUUUGGAUGUUCAAAUUCCAAGUGAUUUAGAAGGAUCAGCCUAUAUAAAGGUUUCUAUUCAGAAACAAGCUCCAGACAUUGGUGACCUUGGGACAGUCAAUCUUUUUAAAAGACCCAUGCCAAAAUCAAAACCAGGUUCUCCACACUGGCAGACAAAGUUGGAGACUGCACAGAAUGUUCUUUUAUGUAAAGAAAUUUUUGCCCAGCUGUCACGAGAAGCUGUUCAAAUUAAAUCACAAAUUCCUCACAUUGUUGUGAAAAAUCAGAUAAUCUCCCAGCCUUUCCCAGGUUUGCAAUUGUCUAUUUCUCUGUGUCACUCUUCCAAUGACAAAAAAUCACAGAAGUCCGCUUCUGAAAAACAGAAUCCAGAGGAUCAUCUCUAUGUUCUGGAACAUAACUUGCAUCAACUUAUCAGAGAGUGUCACAAGCAAACCCUGAGCUCGACAGUGAUGCCCCAUCCAGCUAGUGCACCUUUUGGCCAUAAGAGAAUGAGACUUGCAGGACCCCAGGCCUUUGAUAAAAAUGAUAUCAGUUCUUUACAGUCGAAUGAAGGACUUCUGGAAAAGAUAAUAAAGCAGGCAAAACAUAUCUUUUUGAGACGCAGAACUGCUCGAACUAUUGACAGUCUGGCUAGUCGUAUUGAGGAUCCUCAGAUUCAGGCCCACUGGUCUAAUAUAAAUGAUGUUUAUGAAUCCAGUGUGAAAGUUCUAAUAACUUCUCAAGGAUACGAACAGAUAUGCAAAUCCAUUCAACUACAGCUGAACAUCGGAGUUGAACAGAUCAGAGUUGUGCACAGAGAUGGAAGAGUUAUUACGUUGUCCCAUCAAGAGCAAGAACUGCAGGAUUUCCUUUUAUCUCAGAUGUCACAGCACCAAGUACACGCAGUUCAGCAGCUUGCGAAAGUUAUGGGAUGGCAUGUGCUGAGUUUCAGUAAUCAUGUUGGUCUGGGGCCGGUGGAGAGUAUUGGCAAUGCAUCAGCAAUAACUGUAGCAUCACCAAAUGGAGACUAUGCCAUUUCAGUACGUAAUGGUCCGGAAAGUGGCAGCAAAGUUAUGGUUCAGUUUCCACGGAGUCAGUGCAAGGAUCUUCCCAAAGGUGAUGUACUGCAAGACAACAAGUGGAAUCAUCUUCGAGGGCCGUUCAAGGAAGUGCAGUGGAAUAAAAUGGAAGGGCGUAACUUUGUGUAUAAAAUGGAACUCCUCAUGGCUGCCCUAACUCCAUGCUAACAAUCCGUGAGCCUCUCCAAGGGCGGCCUUUGAUUCAUCACUGUGCUGCGAACGAUCACUGCCUGUGCAGUAAAGGGAAAUGGAACCUAUGGGGCAAUACAAAAAAGCAAACCCAAAUUUAUUUCCUGUACAGACAUGUCCAUUGUAGUGUUUGUAAUAAAACUUUUUUCAAUGAUGUAUAAAAUACAACUUUUUGAAAAAGUUCCUUUCAGCUGUAUCUUUGCAGAUUGCUCUAUCUGGAGUAAUAUAGCUGAGUAAUUAAUGUAUUUUUCUUUUAUAAAACUGAAUUCAGUAGUCCUUUGCUACAUGAAAGGUGCCUGCUCAGAGUCAUUCCCUUUCCCCUUGUGCCUCUGUUUCUCAUCAAUAGAUCUUUGCAAGUAUAGAAAGAUGAAAAUUACUAGAAUUGACUUGUGCUAUCGAUAAGCCUUUUAGUGGCUUAUACCACAGGGAAUGGCUAUCCUUG